AUGUCUCUGGCCUACUCCCACCGGCAGCAGCAGCAGCAGCAGCAGCAGCAGCAGCAGCAGCAGCUCUCCAGUUCUGUAGAGGGCCCACUGACUGCAGCAUUGCGGAGGAAGGGUAAGGCCCCUGAUCCCCUCAAACGCAGCACCACCGACUCUCCUCGCCUGUUCUUUUCAACAGCCUUCUUAGAUGAACUCGAAACCAAUGGCUGCUGCCAGCAGCAGCAGCAGCAGCAGCAGCAGCGACAGCAGCAGCAACAGCUGCUGCUGCCUGCACAGGAUUGUGGAGCAGUGAACCCCUGGGGGGCCCCUUUAGGGAGCCCCCGAGCAAAACCUUCAGGGGGGCCCCCAGAGACGCUGAGGGUUGUCUAUGAUGCUGCAGCAGGACAGCGACAGGUGCUGCUGGGGGGCCCCAAACUGCAGCAGGAGAAGCAGCAGCUGGUUGCUUCCCGUAAACAAAGAGAAAAGCAGCAGCACAAGCAGGUUACGCACCCACACUCCGCAGCAGCAGCACUAUCACCAACAGCAGCAGCAGCAGCAGAUGCAGCUAGAGAAGAGCUGCUGCAGCCAGAGGACUUCGAAGCAACUUUAAACGAGGCCCCCCCAAUGCAGCGGCGCCUCAGCGGUUGCCGCCUCAUUACACCAACACGAACAGAUACCCCUGAUAGACAGCAGCAGCCGCAACAGCAGCAGCAACAGCAGCAGCAACAGCAGCAGCAACAGCAGCAGCAACAGCAGUGGCUCCCCAACAGCCUCAUGGAGGCAAAUAUCGCUCAAGGAGAGCCCAGACGGUCUUCCUCCCAAAGCCAGGGGCCUCCAGAGCCCGUUGGGGGGGCCCCCCAGUCCCUGGGGCCCCCAGGGUGUCAAUCUGCUGCUGAUUGCUGUGAAGGUUUCAGACCCCAAGGGGCCCCCAAGGGGCCCCCAGGGACCCCCGCCCUGUACCGAGAUGUAAGCAGAUAUCCUACGGAGGGAGAGAAGGGCCCUGAGCGCCUCCCGUCAGUAGCAGCUGAACUAAACAGAAACAGAGAGGGUAUUGCAUGGGGCCCCCCCAUGCAGGGGCCCGUGGGGCCUCCGGGGGCCCCAGGGGCCCCUAUGGGUCCUGCGUCUUUACCUGUUAGUUUUUUCACAACUCCCCAGCCUUUAUCUACCCCCACUGCAUUUGAGGCUGCAAGAAGAUAUUUAUAUGCACCCCUAUCGGGAACCCCUGGAGCAACAGCAGCAGCAGCAGCAGCAGCUGCUGCUGCUGCUGCUGCUUCCCCUGCUGCCUACAACCGGAGACUAAGUAGCUCCUUCAUCGCGCCCUGGACCCAUACGCUACAGCAGCAGCAGCAAAAGCAGCAGCAGCAGCAAGAGGGCCCCCGUUCAUGGGCCCCUUCAGGAUUCCCCUUCGCUACCACUGGGCCCUUCUGGGGCGCUCGGCUUUCUGCUGGGGGCCCCCCAUGGUGGGGGCCCCCGUACCCUUGGUUACAGCCAUGGGGGCCCCCUCGAGCAGCAGCGGGUCUUGAGGGGCCCCUCACAAACUCAGUAAGGUCUGUUGGGGCCCUUCAGCACCCACGGCUCAAUAGAUACUCCAGCAGCAGCCGCCUAGGGGGGCCCCUAGGGGGACCCCUUGGGGGGCCUUUUGGGGGGCCCCUGGGGCCCCUAACACCUUCAGGGGUACAGGGGCCCCCAGGGGCCCCCAAGGCAGCAGCAGUAGCUCAGGCGCAUAGAAGGACAGCCAGCGCAUGCACAGUCCAAAGACGCAGCCUACGGCAAGCAGCAGCAAUACACCGGCACCUUGCUGCUGAGCACCUACAGCAGCAGCAGCAGCAGCAAGGUAUGCAGCCUGCAGUGCAGCACGAAGAAGCGCAGCAGCAGCAGCAGCAGCAACAGCAACAGCAGCAGCAGCAGCUGCUGCUGCAUGCACCCCAGACCCCACACUCAGGAGGCCCCUUCGCGUUGGGGCGAGACAUCGGCUCUCGCCAGAGCACCUGCAGCACAGCGCAGCACGAGACGCUGCCUUACAGCAGCAGCAGCAGCAGCAGCGGUAGGGCGGUUAGCUGCUGCAUGCAUCCUUUCUGCAGCAGCCCUCACUGCAGCUGUCUAUGCUUAGGGGGCCCCCAUUACUCUGAGCAGCACCACAGCAGCAGCAGCAGCUGUCUCCCUAACAAACAGUCUCCUUCUUGCUGCAUCCGCUCCAAUUCAUGUGCCCCUAUGCCUACACAACAACCCUCAGCAGAAGCAAUGGGGGCCCCCAAAGGGGCCCCCCUUACACCAACCGUAACAGGGGCCUCUGAGGGUAUUGAGGCUGCGCUGCAGCGGGAGAGGGGCAGCGUCAAGGCGGAUAGAGUGCUGCCUCCUGUUGCUGUCUCCUCUACACGAGGUCCUGCUGCACCAGCAGGUGCAGCAGCAGCAGCAGCAGCAGCAGUAGCAGCAGCAGCAGCAGAGAGCAGCAGCUCAGAGACUCGCCUGUGUGGCAGCACCUUAUGCGACAGCCCAGCAGCAAUAGGAAGCCGCAUCCUUAGAC